AUGGCUUCUUCCGAGGUUGAUCAGAAAUUCCUUGGCAAGUGGGCCAGAGCUGUUGAGACAGACAAUCCCCUACUGUCGUCCAUGCUCUACAAGAUCCUUGGCCUUUCGCUCAGCUUAGCAGAACAGCUUGUUGUCGCAAAGAAACAGCGCCGCCCUGACCCUUCCCGCGCGCCACAAAGUCUGGAUCUCAUCUUUCAUAUAAUAUGGCUCUCGAGAGAAGGCCUCGUUAUGCUUCAGCAAUAUGUCAUUCCUAUGGUUGGUAAUCACACCGAGCUUCGGGUCUUGGCCUUUAAACUGCGGGCAUCGUUUUAUCACAUCUUUGUGCUAUUUCACAAUAAGCCCGCCGUUUCGACAAUGGGCAUCUCAACCCCCGACGUCAUGGCCGACCUCACACCACCAAGAUUGGAUAAAGGCAAGGGGAUUGCGAGGGAGGACUGGAACUCGUCUCAAGGCUCCAUACAGCCUACGCACGCUCUUGAGGGCGGCCCAGUGAACCCUCCGCCAGGAUUCGCCCCCCCAAGUGGUUCAGACCUUCCUGCCGCCUUUCUUGCGCCACCGCGAGAUUUCCUCCCCGAAGCCCAUGAAUACUUCAAGGAAGCUAUCGCCCUCGCCGACGAACACCUUUGGGGCUCACACUCGUUACGUCUUUCCGUCAAGACCGAAUACGCCGCUUUUCUUUACGACUGCGUGCACGAUCUUGACGGAAGCCGCAAGCUGGCCAAAGACACCAUUUCCGAAGUUUAUGAAGCUACGGAAGGUAUGGAUGACGACAUGUUCGCCGACGCUUGUGAAUUGGUCACCGUUUUGGGGAAGAUGAUGAAGCGCGGCUUGGUAUCCUCCAACAAUACUCCAAACAAGAUAGCCAGUCCUAGCCCCGCACCUCCAGGCACCACCAUGGCACCCGGCAUGGAAAACCCCAUCUGA